CUUGUCACCAGGACUUGUCGUCGUCCGGCCGGGCGCGUGGGCGUGGACGGGGAGGGGCGAGUGGGCGCGGGCCCACCCCUUUAUUCCGGCUGCGCCUGGCUCGGGCGGACCCAGUGGAGGCGAGCGCUCGCUCCUCUGAGGUGCGGGACGCCGCGGGCGCGGGAUCCCGGUCCGGGCUGCGCAGAGCAGUUAGCUGUCGGUGUUGAGGCGACGUCCCUGGGCCGAGCUUCACCGCCAGGGAAGUGAGGGUCUGUUGGGCCGUUGGUGCGGGAGCCAGCCAGGAGCCACUGAGCUUGUGGUAAACCGGCACUGCCCACCCAUCCGGCAGCCAGGAAGGCAGUACACCGUCUAGACGGGCCACCUGCCGUCGAGGACGCCACCAGCUUCCAGCGUCGCGCUUAGGCGCCGAGGGUACACAGUUUCUCACAGAGAAUCCAAUACUUCUCCGUGCUAGUCACUUUCCAUUCACGUCCACCUGUUGUCUCUGAAAGAAGUCUCCAGCGCCUUCUAUCCUGGACAGCAUGGCAAAGUCACACAGCAAAAAAGGAACUUCGAAGAGGAGACAAGAAAGAGAAAGCUUCCAGCUUGUAGGCAUGGGUGACGCGGAAUACCCGAAUAGGGUCAAGAGGCCUUGCCUUGAGGAUGUCACUGUGUCUAUGGGUGCAGGGCCGCACCCCAGCACCUCCUGUGCAGAGCUGCAGGUCCCCCAACUAGCAAUGAACCUGAGCCCAGCAGCAGCAAUGGGGGUCACUGGCCAUUCCUUGAUCCUGGAAAACAACACAGUCAACACCAACAUCAUGGGCCCACCAUUUGUGAUGCCACCAGCAGCACAGAUGGCACCAAAUGGGCCCCCUGUCCCUUACUACGACAGAGGCACCAACGGGCCAGGUGUAGAUCAGGAGCUUCAAGAAUUGCUGGAAGAGCUCACCAAGAUUCAGGAGCCCACUCCGAAUGAGCUGGACCUGGAGAAGAUUCUGGGGAGCAAGCCAGAAGACCCGAUGGUGCUUACUCUGCCCUCGGCCACCUCGGGCGCACCUGCCAAGCCACCCAUACAGAUGGCACACAUGGAGAGCUUGAGCCACACCAAGGACUAUGGGCCAAGCUGUAGCCAGGUGACAGGUGGCGCAGUCCUUCCAAUGCUGCCCUCCUCCACGGGCAUCAGCUACAAUCUCUCACCUGCUCCGAAGCCCAGGGCAGUGCCCAGCUCUUCCUCGCUGGCACAGCCCAAGAACUCAGGGCUCCCGAUGCUGCCUAUGGCUUUGCCCCCACUUCCAGGGCCACAGUGGCACCAUGCCCACCAGCUGAAGGCACUGGCAGCCAGCAAGCAGGAGAUGGCCAGCAAACAGAUGAGUGCCACCUCUGGCUGGUCAGGCCUGCCUCCUCCAGGCCUGUCACCACCUUACCGCCCGGUGCCAGCACCACAACCACCACCAUUCAGCACCCAGAACCUCAUAGCAUCUUGUUUGUCAUCUGGCAGUCUGCAGGGUUCGCCCAGUGCCUUACUCUUCAGCAUGGCAGGGGGCAGCAGCGCCCCCCUGGGGCCCACCCUGACCUACAUGGGCCCUGACAAGGUGGGCAGCCAGCAGUUCAGCCCACAGAGCUCCAUUCUGGCCAGCCUGGUGACCUCAAGUGUUAAAACCACUUCGAGCCACCUGCUGCCCCCGCUGCCUGCACUGCCCGCCAGCACUGCUGGGCCCUCACCGCCCUACCACCCUGAGAAGCUGGCAAGCCCGGCCCUGCCGCAGGCAACCUUCACACCGCAGAACUCCCUGGUCUGCAGCCUCACACCCACCAGCACCACGCUGAAUCAGGCACCGCAACCACCACAGCCACCACAGCUGCCGCAGCUGCCUAAUAACAUCUUCAAAACCAUGAGCAGCAAUGCCUCCAAGGGCCUGAGUUCAGUGAUGAUGCAGCAGGGGCUGCCCAGAUCCAGCCUGGGGGCUCCCGAGCCCUUCACCUUUGGCAACACCAAGCCACUGUCCCACUACAUGACAGAGCCAGGGGCCCCGAAGAUUGCAAACCUGCCCGCUGCCUCCUCCUCGAACCAGGCUUCACUGUUCCACUACCUGCAGCCGCCUCCCACACAGGCCUCCAGCAGCACUGCACACCAAGCCGCUGCCGCUGCCGCCCUCGCCGCCGCCGCCGCCGCCGCCACCGCCGCCCAAGGCCUGCAGAUUCCACAGCCAGACCCCACCUCAUUCCUGCUGCAGCAGAUGAUGCAGCCUGUGCCGGGCUUCCAGCCGCAAGCUGCCGCCGCCGAGCCCAUGACCAGCCUGCCCAGACAGCAAGAGAAUCAGAAAUCCAGGCCUACGGCAAUGACUCCUGAACAGCGUCUAUAUAUUGCCCAGCAGAUGCUUCGAUUUCAAGCCGUACAAGAACAAGUUAUUAAUUCCAACCGUAUUCGGACCAAGGCCAGCCCCCCACCCAAUCAGCACCCGAAGUCAUCCGGAACCAGGCUCUCUGGGAAAAAUCCAAGUUCAACAAAGACCCCAUCUACCAAGAGUCACCACCAGGGAAGCCAGGCCUCAACCCCCCCACCUGCAGGCGAGCAGCAAGGCCGCUCCACUCUGUGUAUGCCCAUCCCCCUGCGCCUCACCCCCGUCCCUCCAGGCACCCAGGUCCCCAUCUGCCCGUCUUCAAUUUGUCCCCCUGGGCUGCCCCGCUAUUAUCCCAGCACCUUCAGCAGCCAGCCCCUGGGUCUCUACCAGUUUAGACAACCUUAUGUGUCAACUAUGGUCCAGUACCCCAUGUUCAGUACCCCAUGGCUGGCAGCAGCUGCUACCACCCCAGUCAUGACCAGGGCACCAGCCCCAGAGCUGUUCAGUUAUUACAAUUACAUCCAGCCAAAUUUUUCUAGCUCCAUCUUCAUGGGGGCACCCAUGCCAGUCCCUGAGUUCAUGCCAACAUUUCUACCACAGCAGGCAGAUGUGUACCCCCAUAACAUGGUUCCAGGAGGCAGGUCUGGCCAAAACAUGGGGACUCUGGCCAGCUCCAGCUCCAGUGUCAACCAGCUGGGUAGUCAGAGCCCAGUGCAGGGCGUCGUGCCCAUGUCCAAUGACACCAGCCCCCCCUCACAGGGUGUGGCCAGCAUGGGCCCCAUGAGUCCCAUACAGGGCGCUGAGCCACCCAGGUCUGUGACCACUCCUGUCGCCACUGCCACUGACACUGCCACCACCUCCGUUGCUACCAGCAAGUUCUCCGGUCCUUUGGAUGGGGCAGACACUCCCCUAGAGCUGCCACCCCAUGAUAUUGUGCCCUUGUCACCGCUCGGUGAUUUUCUUUCACUGUCUGACUUCAGCGAGGUGGAUUUCAUUGAAAAGCUAUUGCGAGAUAUUUGUGGCACCUCAGAUGAAACCUGGAUGUGCAAUUUGAGAAUAAUCGAUGACCUUCUGGAGAAGUCCAAUGGCCGAGAUGCUUCAGUCCCGGGCUCUGACCCCAUCACCCAGAGUGCUGAAGUAGCCAUCCCCACCAUGAACCAGGCCACCCAGACUGCUGACUCUAUUGCCCAGGGUGCCAAGCCAGAGCCAAUCAUCCAGGUCACUGAUGUGACAGCCCCGAUCACUGGCCACGUUGGCCAUGUCUCUGAUCCGACCGCUCUGAUCGCUGAUCUCUCUACCCAGAUCACUGGCUCCAUUACAGAGAUCACUAACCCAGCCGCUCCGAUCACUGAUGUCUCCUCCCAGAUCACCAACUCCAUCAUGCAAAUUGGUAGCCCUACCACUGAAGUCACUGAUGUCUCCACCCAUAUUGCUGGCCUUAUCACCCAGAUCACUGAUCCAUCUUCCCAGAUCACUGAUCUCUCUGUCCAGAUCUCUGGCCCCCUCACCCAGAUUACUGACCUGUUUGCCCAGAUCGCUGGCCCCAUUGCCCAGAUCACUGGUCCCAUCGUCCAGACCGAUGGCCCCAUCGUCCAGAUUGAAGAGCCUACUGCCCAGAUCGCUGGUCCCAUCGUCCAGACCGAUGGCCCCAUCGUCCAGAUUGAAGAGCCUGCUGCCCAGAUCGCUGGUCCCAUCGUCCAGACCGAUGGCCCCAUCGUCCAGAUUGAAGAGCCUGCUGCCCAGAUCGCUGGUCCCAUCGUCCAGACCGAUGGCCCCAUCGUCCAGAUUGAAGAACCUACUGCCCAGAUCGCUGGUCGCAUCGUCCAGACCGAUGGCCCCAUCGUCCAGAUUGAAGAACCUACUGCCCAGAUCGCUGGUCGCAUCGUCCAGACCGAUGGCCCCAUCGUCCAGAUUGAAGAACCUACUGCCCAGAUCACUGGUCGCAUCGUCCAGACCGAUGGCCCCAUCGUCCAGAUUGAAGAGCCUACUGACCAGAUCGCUGGUCGCAUCAUCCAGACCGAUGGCCCCAUCAUCCAGAUUGAAGAGCCUACUGACCAGAGUGCUGAUAUUAUAACCCAGAGCUCUGUUCCUGUCACCCAGAGUCCCAGGGAGCUUUGAAUGUUUGCAGACCCCCUCCCCCAUGUUGUUGAAUCUUUAAAGUGGCGUGAUCCCUCUCCUACCAGGAAAUCCACAAGUGGCCUGAGAACCCCACAGGAUGUUCAUCCCCUUGUUAUAAUGUGAGUGGCAUCAGACCACACCAACCCCCCCACAUUACAAAAUUAUUUUACAAGCCACCUGUACAUAGUUGAAAAUUUUGUAAAUGUUUUUCCUAGACAGUAAUGAUUAAAGUGUUUAUACUUAGUUUUGUGACUUUGUAAAUACAACGGUGGCUUUUGUUUCGGUAGAGUUGUAUUUCCUAUGCACUGUUUUGUGUGGAAGAUGCAUUGUUGCACAUCUGCAGACCACCUGGUCUGCCCAGAUUCCCCUUGUAAGCCAGGUUACCAAGUCACUUAUGGUCUUAAUACAUUGAAAGCUGUUGAUGUGACCACAAAGUGUUGUGUAAACUGACCAUGCCAAACCUAGACACCACUUGGCCAUGUGUUCUCGCAUUUGCAGUAGAUGUCCUAGUGCCUGUGUAAUUCUUGAUCGCUUUCGCAAACUGUGCUAGCUCCACUAACUCAUGCCUGAAGCCCUGUGCUUGUUACUGUGACCACUCCAUAGAGAACUUGGCGAGGGAACAGUUCUCUUAAUUGGGGAGAGGUGGUAAAGUCCUCCCCCACAAGCUGUACCCUAGAUCUGGACAGUCCUUCCUUUUCCGUUCAGAGAAGCCCUUGCUGGCCCACAGGUGGCACCCAGGCAGGUGUGAUACAGAAGAACGUUGUAAGCCAAUCCAGAUUUGUUUUGCUGCGAGGUUGUAGUUGGGGGAAGAAUCUGUACGCAGUACUUCACCAGUUGCUUUGGAGUUUGUCAUUGAUGGUUUCUACCUACAGUUGUUGUAAUGUAUAAUUUAGUGUCUGUUAGGAAUAGAAGCCCACUACCCAGUGUCCUGUGAACUGUUCUCAGUGUCCAGACUCCCUGUGAUCACAUUGUACCUGCCACUUCAUGUUUCACCCUCACGUUUGAAAUCUGGCAUCUGUUUCAAGUCAGUGUGUUUUUUCUUCUUUGUUCAAUAAUAAACAUCCAAGAAAAAUAA